AUGGCCUCCCAAUCAUCCCAACCUGAAGAGGACUGCAUAUGCCCCAUUUGCUGUGAUUUAUUUACGGAUCCUGUUCUCCUGUCGUGCGGCCACAGCUUUUGUAAAUAUUGUCAGACGGAGUGGUGGAAACAGAGCAGUAGUCCGAUAUGCCCUGUCUGUAAGGUUGUAUUUCCAAUGUCUCAGCCACGUCCACCACCUAAUCUGGCGCUGAGAAACUUGGCUGACGCCUUCAGACGAGAGAAGAGUCACACAGCGUCAGAACCUGAAGCACUUUGCAGCCUUCAUGGAGAGAAGCUCAAACUCUUCUGCCAGGACGAUCAACAACCCAUCUGUGUGAUUUGCAGGGAUGCAAAAGAACAUAAGAAACACAACUGUGUCCCUGUCAAUGAAGCUGCAGAAGAAUCCAGGGUUCAACUCCAGGUUGGGCUGAUGCAUUUGAAGACUAGUCUGAGGACAUGUGAGAGUGAAAAAGUCCGCUGUGAAGGAAUGGCCAGCCACAUCGAGUUCCAGGCUCAGCAGACUGAACAGAGCAUCAAAGAGCAGUUUCAAAAGAUUUACCAGUUGCUGCAUGAAGAUGAAGCAAGAAGAAUCACUGCACUGAAGGAAGAGGCAAAGUUCAUACGUGAAGCGAUGAAAACCAGGAUUGAGAAGUGGAACGCAGAGAUCUUGUCACUCAGAGAAAAAGUCCAAACCAUUGAGAAAGAGAUUAACACUGAGGACAUGUUGCUUGUGCAGAACAUUAAAUCCACCAAGCAGCGUUUGCAGCACACAUCACCAGAUGAUGAGAAUCUGCAAGGAGCCCUAAUCGACCAAGCCAAACACCUCGGGAACCUGCAGCUCUCAAUCUGGAAAAAUCUGUCAGAAAAUACAGAACGCUCCCCUGUGGUUCUGGAGCCCGACACCGCCAGCUGCGAUUUGAAAGUGUCCACCGACCUGACUUCUACAACAGAAAGCAACAAGUGUCAGCCGUUUCCUGGCAAUCCUAAAAGGCGGCCGAGGGCUAAGAUACGUAUGAGUCAGAUGGACAAGAGUAAAAGUGUUCUCAGCACAGUGGUAAAUGUCUGA